AUGCUCCCUAGUUUACAACUACUUAAAAAAGUUAGUCAGGAGGUUAGGUCUAUUCCUAAUAAGCGUAAAGAAAGUAAAAGGGGAGUUCAUUAUGGUUUAUUCUUGCUAGGUUAUAAGUCAGGUUUACGGGUUAGUGAAGCGAUAAAGUUUGAUUUAGUCAAUAAAACUAGUAAGGGUUUAUAUCGGAUAAGUAAGUCCAAAGGCAAAAAAGAAAGGUUGAUUUAUGUUCCCAAAGAAAAAGUUAAAAAGGAGUUAGGAAUUCCGCUAAAUGUAGAGUUAUCACCGCAUACCUUACGGAGAGCAUUUGCUACUUAUCAGGCGGAGGCAGGUUUACCUUUACCCCUUUUACAGAAACUUUUGGGACAUUCAA